CAGUUGACGAUCUUCCCUAGAGAGCGCAAUACACGGCACGCAACGAAAAUUGUGUACCGAAUUUCAAGAACGCAAUCCAAGAGUAGCUUUUUUGUGUUUUGUUUGUGUGAUAGUUUAUGUAAAGCUGAAAAUACAAAGUGAAAAAAAAACAAACAAACACUUAUAGUAUUAUGCCAAGUGAUAUAAAUAAUUUUUUCGAAUAUAAUUAAAAACAUUAAAGCUUUUAAACCUAUACAUACAAACAAUCUCAAAAAGCACUAAUAUGUCGAAGAAUAACGGAAAAGGCGAUAAAUGUGAGAACGAUUUUCCUCAACCGGCCCGAAAACAGACUUUUUCCGAGAUGAUUUAUGAUCCCCGGGAUGGUUCCUUUUUUGGCCGUACUGGAAAGAGCUGGGGCCAACUUUUUUUAUUUUAUGUCAUCUUUUAUAUUAUACUUGCAAUUCUAUUUGCAAUUUGCAUGCAGGGCUUGCUAGCCUCAGUUGAUGAUUAUAAGCCAAAAUGGCAACUUGAAGAGUCUUUGAUAGGCACAAAUCCCGGCUUAGGAUUCCGUCCACUUAGUGAACAGACCGAACGAGGUUCAGUUAUUGAGUUUGACAAUAAGAAGCCCGCUGAGAUUGAGUACUGGACUGGCUUGCUUGAUGAUUUUCUUAAAGAUUAUAAGCAAACUGAAGGACGCAAGAUGAAGCACUGCGACUACAAUCAAAGCCGUAACCCUAACGACGUAUGUGUUGUCGAUGAAAAUCAAUUUGGACCAUGUUCCUCUGCAAAUGGCUAUGGUUAUAGGGUAGGAAAGCCCUGCAUAUUCCUUAAAUUGAACAAGAUUUAUGGCUGGGUUCCCGAAAUCUAUGAUACACCCGCACUUAAUAUGCCGGACGAUCUUCAACAUCUUUUUAACCAAACUAGUGAGGUUGAACGUCAGAAAAUUUGGAUAUCCUGCAAUGGCCACUACGGCAAGGAUAAGGAGCAAUUCCAGAAUAUAAGUUAUUAUCCAAGUCAGGGUAUUCCAACAUAUUAUUAUCCGUAUUUGAAUCAACCUGGCUACUUAAGUCCCAUUGUUGCUGUACAAUUCAAUAGUCCACCCAUCGGCUCAAUGUUGGAUGUAGAGUGUCGCGCUUGGGCUAAAAAUAUCAUUUAUAGUGGAAGUAUACGUGAUCGCAUGGGAUCGGUAACUUUUCAAUUUUUAAUGGAUUAGGAUACCAACAAUAAAACCAUCAUGUGAUCGCAGCAAACAACGCAAGCCUUAUGAGAUCUGAAUCCUUACCAUCGAUUAAUAAAUCAAAUUCUUUAUCUAAAUACUUAAAUAAAGUUUCAAGAUUAAAAUAUGUCGUGUAUAUUUACAUAAAAAGAAUGUUACAAAUGUCAAUAGUUAUACAAAUCUGCCGAUAAAUAAAAUGUGAAGUUAUAAUGUCGUCACCUCUACGAUCAUUCUAGUAAAACUAUCAUAAACACGAUUCUAAACUUAUCCAUGCUCUUUUCAUCUAUAUAUUUUUAAUUUUGGUUUAAACAUUAAACAAAGCAUCUCCCCGGUAUGUUUCUUAAAGAAUCUAAAAGUUUAAUUAAAUUACAAAUAAUUCAAAAAGUAUCAAUGGUGGUUCUUCUAAAUAUUUUGGGAAACGGUCUAAAUAACAUGAUUGUCUAACUUAAAUGAUAACGAGAGCUACGUAUAAUUUGUAUUGUAUUAGUUAGAGUUUUCUGUUUACCAAUGAUAUUAGUUAUCAGUAUUUUAUGUAUAAUUAUCAUAUACUUUAAUUCUUUUAAAAUGUGAAUAUUAAAGAAACCAAAUAAAACGAAUUGAUGUACAUAAUGUACACCAUUUAAAAAUGAUAAUGAAGUACUUAUAUAAAUAAUCUUUAAUAAUAUUAACAAUUAUGAAAUUUCUUUAUAUUUUGUUUGUACUUUUUUAAUAAUAAUUUAAUAAAUAUUAUACUAACUAACAA